GUAGCCAACAAUGGAUAUCACUAUUAAAGACCAAUUGAAAUUAAAUUGCAUACAUCUCUGCUCUGUAAAUCACUUGUUCUGUGGUCUCUGUACUGAUAGUAGUAGCUGUCGUUAAGACAGGUUGGAUUGACUGAUUGACGGCUGUCUUAAGUUGUUGUAACUUGAUCAUGUUGGUAAAGCUGCACUUACCAGACAGCCGAUUGUGAGACUAUUAUUUAGAUCAAGUUCCUUGGGGACACGAUCCCCACAGAAGGGGUCCAACCAGACAAGGCAAAAGUAAAAGCCAUAUACGACAUGGAAAAGCCAAAGGACAGGGGUGCAGCAGGCCCUUGGUAUGCUUAACUAUUAAGGAAAAUUCAUACUGAAUUUAGCAGUGAAAACUGAUAAUCUAAGACAGCUGUUACAUCAAUAGACAGAGUUCCAACAGGGACAUGAACAUGAGACAGAAUAGUAAGGUUUACUACAUGUUCUAGCAAGUGAACCCCUACUGAAGUGUUUCUGCCCCGAAAAGAGAACAAAGAUGCCUCCCAGGAUGGUUUAGGGAUUGUGCUUCUGCAGGAACAUGAGGGAGCAUGGCGACCAGCGGCGUAUGCGUCAUGCUCCAUGCUCCAUGAUGGCUACAGAGUGCAGAUACCAAAAAUCGAAAAGGAGUACCUUGGCUGGCUUUUUGGUGUGAAAAAUUUCAUACCUGCAUCUAUGGACUUUCUAAAGUUAUCCUAGAAGCAGACCAUAAGCUACUGCUUGGGAUUGCAAAGAAAACCCUUUGUGACAUUUCGCUGCAGAUACAGUGCCUAAUGAUAUGACUGCAGCGUUAUGAUUAUGAGCUCACAUAUGUGCCAGGAACACAAAUGUUCAUAGCGGAUACGCUGUCCAGGGCUGCACCGUGUGUCACACACAAUGAGUCAGAAGAGGAUGUGACCCUUCAUGUGGAUAUGGUCUAUGCAGCAUUGUCUGCCACACAGGAACGGAAAGAUAGCCGCAGAGACAUUGAAGGACCCUUUUCUGAAGAAAGUGAUGAGAAAUCUCCAAGAUGGCUGAAAGAAGGGGUCAUGUAAACAAUAUUAUCACAUUCAGUCAGAGCUCUCUGUGGUGGAUGGACUUCUGAUUAACUGUGACAGGAUUGUGGUGCCCACAUCUAUGUGACGAGAAAUGCUCACCAGGAUACGUAAAUGGCACCUGAGUGCAGAAAAGUCAAAAAGAAGAGCACCUGAGGCUCUCUACUGGCCAAACAUGAACUCUGAUAUUGACCAGCUGAUCAGUGAUUGUGUAAAAUGCCAGGAGUAUCACUAUAAGUUAACAAAGGAAGCCCUCAUUACCACAGAGCUCCCAUCACAGCCUUGAGAAAAGGUAGGAACUGAUAUAUUUCACUAUGAGGGCAAAGACCAUUUGUUGGUUAUAGAUUACUAUUCCAAUUAUCUGGAAAUGUAUCUCUUGUGACUCUACAGGAGAAGGAUGUAGUUUGCAUAGAAGGGCCUAGGUCAUGGGCUAAAAGAGCCAUCGUUCUGCAACAGGUCGCUCCCAGGUCAUACAGUGUCAUGACAGAGAAUGGUGAUGUCUUUCACAGAAACAUGAAAGCAUCUACUGAAAACCACGGACUCAUUGCAACCACAGAUGGACAGAGAGGUUGACCCAAUAAUAAAGAGAAGAGUGAGUGAUGAUGAAACAAGAGCAAUGGCACAAAGUGACGAAAGACACAAUGUGAUAAUGUAACAGAGGUCCUUUCUUGGGUGUGGGUAGUGUUCAUAAUUUACCUGCCAAUGUUUUUGUAUGCUUAUUAGUUUUGUUGUUGUCAUGGUUUAUAUUUGUUUCCUGUUUUAUUUUGAAAUAUUCUCCUUCCUCUGUCUUGUAGUUUUGCUUCCUGUCUUUGUUUGCCUUUCCCACCAGUUUGCUCCACCCUGAUCGUUUUCACCUGUGUCUCGUUGUCUCCCCUCACCUGAGUGUAUUUAAGUCUGUGUGCUUCCUUUGUUCUGUGUCAGUUCGUUGUUGAUCUUAUGUCAAGCAUCCUGGCUAUGUGUUCUGUUGGACUUGUCUUCUGUUGCUCUGGAACCUUGCUUGGAUUUUGGAUUUUGUUCUUGUCCUGCUCCCUGAUGAGAAGAACCAGAUGAUGACCACAAAUGUCUGGGUCAAGCAAGAAUGGAACGAUUACAAACUCCGUUGGAAUCCGGAGCAAUACGAAAAUGUCACCUCCAUCCGUAUUCCCUCAGAGAUCAUCUGGAGGCCUGACAUUGUCCUUUACAACAACGCUGAUGGCGACUUUGCAGUAACUCACCUCACAAAGGCACAUCUAUUCCAUGACGGUCGGAUAAAGUGGAUGCCACCGGCCAUUUACAAAUCUUCAUGCAGCAUAGAUGUCACCUUUUUCCCUUUUGACCAGCAGAGCUGCAAGAUGAAGUUUGGCUCGUGGACCUAUGACCGUGCCAAGAUCGAUCUGAUCAGCAUGGCCAGCAAUGUGGACCAGAUGGACUACUGGGAGAGUGGCGAGUGGGUUAUUGUCAAUGCAGUGGGAAAGUACAAUACCAAAAAGUACGAGUGCUGCACAGAGAUCUACGCAGACAUCACUUACUACUUCAUCAUCCGAAGGCUUCCGUUGUUCUACACCAUUAACCUUAUCAUUCCUUGUCUUCUUAUCUCCUGUUUGACUGUGCUGGUGUUUUAUUUGCCAUCGCAAUGUGGCGAGAAGAUUACCUUGUGUAUCUCAGUGUUGUUGUCCCUAACGGUAUUCCUCCUACUGAUCACAGAGAUUAUACCGUCUACAUCACUGGUGAUUCCACUGAUUGGUGAAUACCUGCUGUUCACCAUGGUUUUUGUCACACUCUCGAUCAUAAUUACUAUCUUUGUGUUAAACGUACAUCACCGUUCACCACAAACCCAUGGCAUGCCUCACUGGGUACGGAGAGUAUUCUUGGACUUGGUGCCUCGAGUCCUCUUCAUGAAGCGUCCGCCAGGCACAGCCAAGCAGCACUGCAAGAAGCUUAUUGAGAUGAUGCACCGUCCCACCACCAUAUCUACAACAGGAAACUCGCAGGCUUUUUGGACAGGGCUGGAGACCGGGUUGAGACAGAUGGGCCAGGUAGAGAAUACACUACCAAAGACUCCAUCUGACAGUCCAAGUAUCCUUGUCUGCUCACCUUCUCCAACCUCUUCCCCUCUUGAGGACAGCAACAAGGAAGAUCACCCACUGAAAGCCAACAUUUUCUGCCGGUCCACAUCUGGUCAGUAUUCAGUUCUCUCAGAGAAACAACCCUUACGUGGACACAACUCUGCAGCCUCAUCUUCCUCCCAAUUGUCUUUGCCACCAACUUUGCCACUGGGCCCACUUCCCACCCUAUCUGGGGAAAAACCAAACACACUGGCCCCAAAUGGCCGCUCCCUCAGUGCAGAGCAAAUGUGUGACCAACAGAAGGAGCUUCCUCAGAGAGCUGGGCAUCUGUGCCGUUCCCACAGCUUCCAGUAUUGCUGUCUGCAUGAUGAAGGGCCUGGGGUCAUUGGGAUUGCAGGGUGGUUAAAGAAACAAGCCUCUACAGAUCACCUAGCUGAAACCCUCACAGCAGAAUCCACUAAAGAUGCAAGUACCCAACAGGACACCGUGGUUCCAACUAUUUCCCCAGCUAUGCACCGGGCCAUAGAGGGAGUUCAGUACAUCGCUGAUCAUCUCAGGGCGGAGGAUGCAGAUUUUUCAGUGAAGGAGGACUGGAAGUAUGUGGCCAUGGUCAUUGACAGGAUAUUCCUCUGGAUGUUUGUACUGGUGUGUAUACUGGGAUCGGUGGGACUCUUUCUUCCUCCUUGGCUGGCUGGAAUGAUCUAGAGUCCAAGAACACUGCAGGAAGACAUGCUGUCUUAUAUUGUAAAAAACAAACAAAAGAACAGAAAAAACAGAGAAAGGUUAAUCAUUUAUCUAUUUUCUAUUUACUAUAAGAACUACAAGUCACACUCCUUGCUCUUGCCCCAGGUUACCAAAAGGUUACUCAUGGAGAAACAAGAUGAAAUAUCUAUCAUUGAUUCCAGUGGGAAUAUAAAUUCUUUAUGAGGGCAAAAGGCCAAUAGCGAAAAUAUCCUUCCGCACCACUCCAUUUUGACAUUGAGCUGCAGCUCAAGUUGUCACCUUCAUAAAAAUCAGAGAAGAAUAGACUUUGACUCACUUACAGCUGCAGAAAACACCACAAACAGACCAAGACUCAGAAAAAGUUUACUUUUUUUUCUUCUUCAUGAGAACGGAAGAUAUUUAUAAGACUAUCAAAGGUUUGCUUUAAAUCUCAAUUUUAACAUUCCAAUUACAAUGUCAAUGUUAUAAUAUCUUGACAAUAGUACAGGUGACAGUGCAGUGCCCGCACCAAAUAGUCAUAAAAUAUUCAUGUUUAUAUGCAACCUGAUUUGUCAGAAGUCAGUGCUGAGAAGGAUUUAUGGGAAGGAGCUAUGUGUUCAGGUGUAACGCUUUGUGCAAUGGUCACUGCUUAGGUAAGCAUACAGCUCUGUGAUUUUUAAACACAUUUAUUCAAUAUUUCUCUCAGCCAUUCUCUUGGUCACUACCACAGUACUUUGGUGUUAACAGGGAGGGAUUUAAAGUCACUCAUGCAUGGCCCUUCCUCCCCUCAAUCCCAGCCACCUAAAGGCAAGGGCACAUUUAAUGUUUUACUUUUGCUUGAUACAUGAGUAGAAUAGGAAUGGAAUGAUUGGCCUGAUUUUAAUUUUUUUUGUCAAGCAUGAUUUCCCAGGCCAUUUUAAGCAUUGAUAUUUAAAGUUAAAGGUGAAUAUCAAUAAAUAACUGCCACAUUAAUUUUGGAGACAUUUGUAUUAUUAUCUUGAAUAAAGCCUCUACACUGCAUUUUAACUGUGUACCAUAUAAUCAGAUCUGAUGGCAUCAUGCUGAUAAACAUCAGCAUAAUAUUGUCAUUGUAGCUGUGUCUCAAUUCAGGGGCUGCAUCCUUCGAAGGACACGUCCUGCGAGGGAUUAUAAUCUUUUUGUUUUACCAUUUAUUAGAGGAAAUGGACAUGCUUUACUGCAGCUUUUUACUGCACUACUGUUAUUAAUUACUAUAUUACUACUAUAUAAUUAUUACUUUAGUUACUGUUUACUUUGUAGAUUCAGAUUAUUAAUGCAAAAUAUAAAUCAACUAAUAAAGUAUGUAUUUAUUAUA